GCUGAGUCUCAGAAUUCUUCAUGUCAGACUGUUGUAAUUUAUCUGCGCCGAUUCGGUCGACAGCAUAGCUUGCUUAAUGACAUUCAAUAUGAAGAACGUCCCGACUGUCAAGCUAAGUGAUGGGACAAACGUUCCUCUGCUUGGGUACGGUAGCGGUACUGCUUGGUAUAAGAAGGCCCAACCUGAUAGCAUUGACCAUCAACUUCUUGAAUCCAUCAAAGCGGCAAUUCGAUUAGGGUAUCGGCAUCUCGAUGGGGCAGAGGUUUAUGGAACGGAGCUUGAGCUGGGUCUUGUCAUCAAGGAGAGUGGACUGAAACGGGAAGACCUAUUUGCGACGACAAAAGUGAUUGCGAGUAUCGCUGACAUUCCGGGGGCAAUCAAUAUGAGUCUGCAGAAGCUCCAACUCAGCUACGUCGAUCUAUACCUAAUUCAUUCGCCGUUCUUUGCCAAGUCUAAUGGCGAUCUCCAAGAAGCUUGGGCUGCUAUGGAGCAAGUUAAGGCAGCUGGCAAAGCCCGGUCCAUAGGAGUUUCCAAUUUUCUCGAGGGGCACAUUGAGGCCAUCAUGAGAACUGCCACAAUGCAUCCAUCCAUAAAUCAGAUCGAGUUCCAUCCGUACUUGCAACAUGGUACUCUUCUUCAAUUUCAUCGAAAUAAGGGUAUCGCAACAGCUAACUAUGGCCCAUUGACUCCUAUUAAUCGGGCGAGAGGCGGUCCCCUCGAUCAAAUGUUGUCCGGUCUGGCCAAAAAGUACGCGGUCGACGAGGGGGAAAUUUUGUUGAGAUGGGCCAUGAAUUGCGGUGCCGUGACAAUUACAACCAGUAGCAAAGAAUCCCGCCUAAGUAGCUACCUGCGUGCUCUUACCUCCCAGCUGACACCGAAAAAAGUUGUUGAGCUGUGCAGACAAGGCCAGCAAACGCAUUUUCGAGCAUUUUGGCAGAAAGAAUUCGCAUAUGCCGAUCGGGAUUAGCGUGAAUUAUGUAUUUGUGCUACGUACGGAGUACUUAUACGCAGUAUACAGAUAUCAUGGUGGACUCAUACCAAGACAAUGGGUGACAGAUGAGCUGUACAUCUCCUAUGGAGACUUGGAUAUGGCAUACAUCAGUCAACAGGUGACGCCCUCCGCCUGUGAUUUAAACGGUAAGGAGAGAUCGUUGACUGUGGGACUUUUAGAAUGGAGCAAGAAUGGAAUGAUCGAGCAGCAAGAAAAGGUUGAAUCAUACAAGGCAACUAAUUCCAAGGAUACAUGUCAGCUUCAAUAUAAAAACGCAU